CAAAAAACACAUUGAAAUAAUUUCAUGCUAAGUUGAAUAUAUUAAGGAGACCUGUUCAUUUAACAAAUAAUAUUAUUGACUCACCCUGUACAUGGAUAAAGGAAAAUAGAGGGGAGAGUUCGUAUACACGUAAUACGAAUGCAUCGGGAACUCAGUAGAGAAUGAGAGAAAGAGACGGUAAGAGAGAGAAGGUGGCGGAUAAAGCGAGAAUGUAGAGGGGAUAGUUAGAGUUAGAGCGGGGAGAGAAGAAAGAGAGGGGGGCAGGAAACGGUUCGGUGGGACUAUGUAAGAUGCGAGGGGAUACGAAUGACCAACGAAGUCCCUAUCCAGACCCUGAGUGUCCGGUUCGACGCCGUGCCGCGUGGAACUAUUUACGUUUCUUCGUGAACAGGACGAGUUGGACUGAGCAUCGUUGUUUAAUAUUAUUACUAUUAUUGUUGUUACUAUUACUAAAUACGGUCCAGUUAAAUAUUAACGUUGCGUUUAGCACGACGAGUGCUUUGGGUGAAAGUGGGUAGCCGUUGUAGUUCGCGGAAUACUCUCGAUUGUAUUUGCAAUCGUGUUCACAAUUCGAGACAGCUAACAUCUGUGUAAUAAUAUACAGGAAGGAAGAGUGUCAUUUUCGGGAGAACGAUUCGUCUCAAAAGUUACGAUAAUAAGUGUUUAACUAUCGACAAUGUGUUCGACGUGAAAUAUUUCAUUUUUAAUAUAUUAUGGUAAGUGAAAGAUAAUGAUAUACCGAAAAAAAUAACGGCAGAUAUUAGAUGCAAUCCAGACGCGACAUUCGCUGAAGUUUCUAUCUCAUCUUUUUCGAGUCGCGAAGGAAAAAAACAAGGAAAAAAAAACAAAAAAAAAAAAAAAGAAAAAUGGAAGAGACCACGACUACAACGUCUUCGAUUCUUUUGAUGGCAAAAAUCGGUGCCAUGAUCGGUCUUGGAUUUGGAUCGUUUAUAUUGGGUAUGUUACCUCUGAUGGUUGGACGAUGCAGAACGAAAUUUCGUCAAAAACGAUGUCACGGCAUUUCCAAUAACUCAAGUAACUCAACUUCAACUUCGGCAUCGCAAACAUCUUCCUUCGUCGAUAACUCAGCAAAUUCGCAAGGCCUUUUGACGUCACUGUUGCUCUGCUUCGGAGGAGGAGUCCUUCUUUUCACAACGUUCCUACACCUAGCACCGGAGGUACGGCUCAGCGUUGAGAGACAUCAAUCAAAUGGACAGCUACCAACAUUGGGAACUUUAAGUUUAUCGGAGUUACUCUUUUGUGGAGGAUUUUUCUUGGUUUAUUUGGUCGAGGAAGCUGUGCAUGCAGCGUUAACAGGAAAACCAGAAUCCUCGGAGGCUUUACUUUACAGGACAGUAUCAGUACGUCGUUGUAACAAUCAAAAUGGUGUAACAACAUCCGCAACGAAUGGUUCAACGACUACCGUAUCAACAAUGACUAGAUCAUCCACUUGGAAAGACGAUACCGAAGAAUUGAGACAAGAUGAUGAAAAUUUGAAUCGACGAUCGAGACAGCAUCGAUUACAAGAUACCUGUGGUGUUAAGGAUGACAAAGUAUUGCCAGCCAUAUUUGUACUUUCAUCGUCAGCUGGAUUAUCAGCACAGAUUGGAGAUCAAGGGGAUAAUGUUAUCAGACAGCAUCAAUCUGAUCCUGAAUUAGUUGCAUAUUCAUCGCGUGAACAUCACGAGCAUAAACAUUCGAUUAUAAAGAAAAAGACAUCUGUUCAAGGUUUAUUAACAGUUUUGGCACUCUCUUUUCAUGCCAUCUUCGAAGGACUUGCCGUAGGCUUAGAACCUUCCUUGGGUUCUGUUGUUUAUCUUGCUGCCGCGAUUGCCACUCAUAAAUUGGUAAUAUCCUUUUGCGUUGGUAUGGAACUUUAUGUUGCCGGUGCAUCAACCAGGACGACUUUAGGAUAUUUAACAGUUUUCUCGAUGGUAACACCGAUCGGUAUAGCAGUUGGAUUAGCUCUUGGUCAUUUCAAAAAUGACAGUGAUACUCUCGGUCCAACGCCGACUAUACUUCAAGGAAUGGCAGCUGGAACUUUACUCUACGUUGUAUUUUUCGAAGUUUUGGCACGAGAAAGAGCCAACGAGAAGAGUGGUCUCCUACAAUUGCUCGCUAUUAUUGUUGGAUUUAUGCUGAUGCUGGGUCUACAGAUUGCCACGGCCCAUUCGCAUUCGCAUUCGCAUUCGCAUUCUCAUUCACACUUGCACGAACAUUCGCAUUCUCACGAACACGAGGAUGAAGACGAGAAUAAAGAUAUUAUUCACGAGCAAGGAUUUGAAAGGAAAUCGAAACAUUUGGACGAGACAAGCACGGAAAGGGUUGUAAGUGAUGCAAUAGAAAGGGUCACGCAGAAUAUUGUCGAUGUACUUUCGAAAAGUUUGGCCACCUCAACGAGUCCUCAAAAGCACCACGAGCAUUUACAUGAAAAUUAUACUUUACACGAUACCACCAGAGAUACUUUAAUAUCAUCGACGAAUCGUACGAAAUGAAUUUAAUAAAAAUAUAUACGUUUAAUUGAAGGAAAAAUAAAUUGUUUCGAUCUCUUCGAAUAAAAUGAUCGAUUACUCAGAAAAGAGGUAUUAUCAUCGUUAUACAAAGGAUCGUCGAAGAAUAUUGAACAAUUUUUUAUGAAGAUUUGUAAAACUCAUUAAAGACGAAGCUAUGUAUGUAUGUAUGUACGGAUGUAUACAUAUAUAUAUAUAUAUAUAUAUAUGUGUGUGUGUGUAUAUAUGUAUAUAUAUAUAUAUAUGUGUGUGUGUGUGUGUGUGUGUGUUUAUAUGAAAGAAACAUGAAAAAAAAAGUGCUCGAAAAAAUUUCUUGCCAAUAUUGAAAGUUCGAUUAACAAAUGAUUUUUUUCACCAUAUAGGCCCAUAAUAAUACUCCUUUUUCAAGCCAAUACAUAACUGCGCAUUCCUAGUCUUUCAUGGAUUUUGAAUUAUUCGUACGAGUAAUGUAAUACAGAAGUUGGACAUUUUCGGUAUAAUUAAUAUUUCAUUUGUUUAACUCUAAAGUUAUUAUCGUAAUUUCGAAUCCAUUUUACUAACUCAUCGAAUCCGUCGGUAAUUUAUCGGUUGGUAAGUUGUAUUAAUACAUUAUGUGUAUUUUAUAUAUGCGUAUUAUGAAAAUUUAUAGAAAUCAUCACUAAUGCUCAAUUAAUACGGGUAUAUAUAUAUACAUACAUAUAUAUAUAUAUAUAUAUAUAUAUAUAUAUAAUAUGGACCAAUUUGCGUUGGAAGUAAAAUAUAUAAUAAGAAAUUAAUUUUUUUAAACGUGUACGUGUUGCACAAAGGAUUUGUAAAAUAAGAAUAUGUAAGAUAUGUAAAGACCGUCUUUAAGAUUAAAAAUGGCGCGCUAUUCAAACGAGUUUCGUAUGUCUUUUUGUAAUAAAAUAAACUACAUGAUAAUGAGAA